CCUCUGUAAACAACGAGCAUCCUGACAACGAAAGGGAGAAGUAGAAAUGGACUGGGAAAAUAAGUUUGCGUCAAUUUUACGUGAAGCAGACUCAAAUUUAUCUAAAACAAGACGAAAGAUAAACUUCACAAGAUAUAAUGAUAGAAAUUUUUCUGUAUCACUACCAAUGAGGAGAACGUCUUCACUGUUAGAAUUUCCUAGAACAGAUUUAAACAGUAGUGUUUACAAUCCUUAUACAACAGAGCCAACAGGAACCAGUUCAGGACUGGUACAAGCACUUAGUGAUAGGCUGGAAGAGCAAAAUAGGUUGAUUGACCAGUUAAGACAGAUGGUAAAUAGGUUAGAGACUGAUAGAAGUAACUAUAAUGAACAGAUUAGAGAACUUAAAAAUGAAGUAUAUAAAAUGAGUGGCAGCGAAAGUCCCAACAUUGACCGCAAACUAAACAAAGUUUGUCAUGAUCUCAAUGGAGAUAUUCAACUGUUAAACAGUGAACUUCAAAUUUUACGCAGCACAGGAAGUAAUAGAAUGUCAGAAAAUCAGUUCUACUCACUCAGUAAAGAUGUACAAGAAGUAAAGCAGAGUUUAAAAGAUGACAUAGGAACUAUAAAAAGAGAUAUAGAUACUGUCAAAUCUAGAUUGUUUAAAAUGGAGUUGGAUGUAGCAUCUGCCUUUAAUAAUGGAAAAGAUUUACAGAGAAAACAAGAUCUCCUAGAUCGGAAUGUGCAUGAUCUAGCCAAACAGCACCAUAAACAGCAAUACAGACCAUCACAGGGAAGCUGGAGUCCUACCUCAGAUAAUGAAGGACUACACAUAUCAGAACUUAGGUCAACAGUUUCAUUAUUAAGGGAUAGAAUUGGCAACAUGGAAGCUGUUGUAAAUAGUCGUCCAACAACACCCAGAUAUAGUACUCCAGUGCCAAAUGGCUACUCAUCUACAUUAAAAUAUCAGUCAACAUCACCAAAGAAACAAAAACCAAUAUACAAGGCCAGUGUCAAGUUAGAUAAUGAUGAAGAUUCAGAUGACUUCUUGGUGUCAGAUGAUGAUUCUGAUUUAGAAAUAUUUAACCCAAAGAAACAAGAUAUUAAAGGUUUAGACAGUGAUUACCUUAUUUUACACCACUGGAAAAGAGUUCCUUACUAUAGAAGAUACACAAACAGAUUGGAACAAACAGGAAUAAUUUGAAACUUUUAUCAUAAUGAUUAGUUAAGAUGAUGACGAUGAUUUAGAUUUGGAUGACCUUGAUCUGGAUGAUGAGAUGGGUUCCUUAGAUUCAGAGCUGAAUGACUUGUAGCUAACGAGAAAAUAUGGCAGAUAAUUAAGCAAUUGAUCAUAUAUUAAAUUUAGAAAAAUUUUAAGGUGUAUUUGAUGAAUGUUUUAUUAGAAUUGGUAUUUUCACUUAAAACAUAGAACUUGAAUAACAUUUCCUUUGAACAUGUUUAAUCUUGGUUGACCUACCAAUGGUGGUUAUAAAAGUUUAAAUGUUUAAAAUCAUGCUGAAAUGCUAUCUAUAUAUACUUGCCAGUUAUUAGUGAUCAAUUUUGGAAAUAUGAAUCUAUUUUUUUAAAAUUUAGAUGCUUUUACACAUACAAAAUUUGUCAACAAUAUCUUUACGGUUUUUUAAAAAUCAGUUUUUUUUUUUAUAUGUUAAAAAGAAACACAUAACACAUUUAUUUGAUACCCUGUUUUCUCAAAACUGUAUGAAACAGAAUACAUGUAUAUAGAAACUAUAUUUAUUGAUACAGUCCAAAGUGCUUUAGUUUUUAGCUUAGUUGAUCAAAAGUUUUUAACACUGCCAAUUGUUCAUGGCUUCUGUUCUUAACUAACCAUCAUAUUGUAUGUUUAACUUGCUAUGAAAUCUUUCAUGAAACACUAAAACAAAACAAAAAGUGUAUUUGCAGACAAGUUUCUAAUAAGGUUCUCAUCAUAUACACACUUGCUGAAAAUUAAAAAAAAAUCUAGAACCUGAAUUCUGGUUAAAUUUCAAUAUAUAUAUAGCUUUUUUGUGUUAAAAAUGCUUGAAAGAGAGCCUUGAUGUAUAGAAAUCCAUUUUAGGGUUAUUUUUUUUUAAUAUUGUUAUAGAAAUUUAAAAUGUAAGCAGCUUUUUGUUAACAUAUAUUGGUCUUUUGUGAAUAGUUGCCUCAUCAGUCAUACCACAUUUUUAUACGACCGCAAAAAAAUUUUUGUGGUCGUAUAUUGGUAUGACGUUGGCGUCGUCGUCCGGCGUCGUCCGAAGACACAUUGGUUUUCGCACUCUAACUUUAGUUUAAGUGAAUGGAUCUCUAUGAAAUUUUACCACAAGGUUCAAUACCACAAAAGGAAGGUUGGGAUUGAUUUUGGGGGUCAUGGUACCAACAGUGAAGGAAUUAGGGGCCAAAAAGGGGCCAAAAUAAGCAUUUUUGUAACUUCCAGACAUAACUUGUGUGUUAGUGUAUGGAUCUCUCUGACAUUGUACCACAAGGUUUCAUAUCACAAAAGGAAUGCUGGGAUUGAUUUUGGGGGUAAUUGCCUCAAAAUUUUAGGAAUUAGGGGCCUAAAAAGGGUAAAAAAACAAGCAUUUUUCUAGUUUCAUGACAAUAACUUGUGUGUAAGUAUAUGGAUCUUUCUGAAAUUGUACUACAAGAUUCCAUAUCACAAAGGGAAAGCUGGAAUUGAGUAUGGGGGUAAUUGCCGAAAUGUUUAGGAAUUGGGGGCCAAAAAGGGGCCAAAAAUAAGCAUUUUUCUAGUUUCCAGACAAUAACUUGUGUUCAAGUGUAUGGAUCUCUCUGAAAUUGUACUGCAAGGUACCAUACCACAAAGGGAAGGCUGGGAUUGAUGAUGGGGGUAAUUGCCUCUAUAUUUUAGGAAUUAGGGGCCAAAAAGGGGCAAAAAACAAGCAUUUUUCUAGUUUCAGGACAAUAACUUGUGUGUAAGUGUAUGGAUCUCUCUGAAAUUGUACUACAAGGUUCCAUAUCACAAAGGGAAAGCUGGGUUUGAGUUUGGGGGUAAUUGCCCUAAAUGUUUAGGAAUUUGGGGCCAAAAAGGGGCCAAAAAACACAUUUUUCUAGUUUCCAGACAAUAACUUGUGUUCAAGUGUAUGGAUCUCUCUGAAAUUGUACUGCAAGGUACCAUACCACAAAGGGAAGGCUGGGAUUGAGUUUGGGGGUGAUGAAUCAUAAGGGGUUCAAAAAAUUUGGGGGGGGAAUUUUUUUAUUUUUCCUUUUUUUUCUUUUUUUCCUUUUUUUUUUCUUUUAAAAUUUUCCAUUUUAAGUUGGUUAUUUCUGAUUUAUAUUUAAAAGCAAAUAAUAAUGGUAUGGUAGGAGAUACACACCAAACAGGAUGUGUAAAUUAUUAUAUAAUAAGUAUUGUGCAAUAGCAAGAAAUUUUCAAUUGCACAGUAUUGCACAAUAGCAAGAAAUCUUCAAUUGCACAGUAUUGCGCAAUAGCAAGAAAUCUUCAAUUGCACAGUAUUGCGCAAUAGCAAGAAAUAUCCAAUAGCACAAUAUUGUGCAAUAGCAAGAAAUUGUCAAUUGUACAGUAUUGCGCAAUAGCAAGAAAUAUUUAAUUGCACAGUGUUGUGCAAAAGAAGAUACUUUGUAUAAAUUGCUUAUUUCUUGACCAAUUUCAAUGGGGUUUUAUUCUUGAAUUCUUGGGGUUCUUUAAUAUGCUGAAUCUAACCGUGUAUUUAGUUUUUGGAUUUUGGGCCCCGUUUUUAAAUUGGUCCACAUUGAGGUCCAAAGGGUCCAAAAUUAAACUUUGUUUGAUUUCAUCAAAAAUUGAAUUAUUGGGGUUCUUUGAUAUGCCGAAUCUAACCGUGUAUUUAGAUUCUUAAUUUUUGGUACCGUUUUCAAAUUGGUCUACAUUAAGGUCGAAAGGGUCCAAAAUUAAACUUAGUUUGAUUUUAACAAAAAUUGAAUUCUUAGGGUUCUUUGAUAUGCUAAAUCUAAACAUGUAUUUAGAUUUUUGAUUAUGGGCCCAGUUUUCAAGUUGGUCCAAAUCGAGGUCCAAAAUUAAACUUUGUUUGAUUUCAACAAAAAUUGAAUAUAUGGGGUUCUUUGAUAUGCUGAAUCUAACCAUGUAUUUAGAUUUUUGAUUUUUGGGCCCCGUUAUCAACUUUGUCCACAUUGAGGUCAAAAGGGUCCAAAAUUAAACUUUGUUUGAUUUCAUCAAAAAUUGAAUUCUUGGGGUUCUUUGAUAUGCUGAAUCUAACCAUGUAUUUAGAUUUUGGAUAUUGGACCAUAAUAGGUGAAUGUCCAAUUUAAAUUUUUUAAGUUCUUAGACCACAUUCAUUCUGUGUCAGAAACCUAUGCAGUGUCAAAUAUUUAAUCACAAUCCAAAUGCAAAACUGUAUCAAGCUUGAAUGUUGUGUCCAUACUUGCCCCAACUGUUCAGGGUUCAACCUCUGCGGUCGUAUCAAGCUGCGCCCUGCGGAGCAUUUUAUUUGGUUCUGAUAUUAUUUUAAAGAAAUCUAAUAAACAUGAAAAUCAGUACUCAGUAAUUACCUUUAAUUGGUAGUUAUAUCAUAUUUUAGCAUAAAAUCAUCCAAAAAUUUUUGCCGAUAUUACUUCACUUUUAUCGAAUUACGCCUCCCUUUCAAAAAUCCUGGAUCCUCCCCUGGUACUAGAUUAUGUAUAUCUAUGAAAAUAUAUCUCAUUAUAUAAAACAAAAUCAGAUCCUUGUUGAGUAAAAUAUUCUUUUAAUAAUUUUUAAAAUCCUGCCUUUUAGAAUCUCUAUGCUAGAUAUUGCCCGUUUAUUUACAAUAUAUAUAUUUAUCCAUGACAACUUAUAAUCGUCAUAAUAAUCAGAAACUUAUACAUGUAUGUUAGAAUGCAGUUUGUUAGUUUGAAACUGAUGUGUGUAUGUGUGCUUUGUUUGAAGUGAAGGGUAAUUUUAACUUACAAACAACAGAAUGUGGUUGGGAAAAAUUAGAAUGCUUUUUUUAAAUAACAUCUACAAUCAUUGAGAUAUGCUGUUCUUUUUCAUGUAUACAGUUGAUCAACAGGAACUUAUGUCAUCUGUAUAAUGGAGCCUUUUCAUCUCCAUAUAAAUAUUACAGAAAUUUCAUAUUGCUGUAAAAGUAAUUGGAUAAAUGGUUUAGGGAAGAAAAAAAGAAAAUCCAUAUACCGGUAUACCUAGUGACAUUUCAUAUCAAGGUUCUCACAGUUUUAUGUGUAGGAUCUCUUACAGAGAAUCUGUGAAAAUGAAAGUUUUGUUCCAUUUUCCAUAUAUUUCUUGAAUUUGUGCAUUCAAAAGUUUUAUUUUUGUAUGCAGCUUAAAGUUAUAUAUUAAAACACAUAGCUACUUAUACCCACAAAAUUACUAAUUGUAUUAUGUCCUUAUCAUUAACAAGUUUUUACAUUUACACAAUAAUGGAUGGUUUCUGUUGUUUUCUAAUUAAUGUUAUGACAUUUUACUUUAAUAAUAAAUUUGUACUCUUCCAUAAUACUUUGUAUUUGAAGUGUUAUAAAUACAAUAAUAAAUACUUCUCUGGAUGUAGAAACUGUAGAAUAAAAUCAAGAGUUCUCAAAAACUUCCAUACAAUAUUUGUAAAGGUGCUUACAAGUUAGCAUACACAUAUUAUGCAAAUUUUACAUUUGUAUGCAUUCAUCUGUGAUGUUUAUUUUAUAUCUGUUGUGUAAUUUUGUUAUUAAAAUGUUAUAUAUUUGUAAA